AUGAACCAUGUCCGGGAGCUGGACGACGCCUUCCUGCAAACCCAAUCCUCGCAGCAACUUUCCUCAGAGAUCCGGGAGGAGUGCUGUGUGCCGCUGAGCAAGGGCUUGCUGAUCUAUCCCAAAGACGGAGAGUACCUGGCAACUGAAGCACAGCCCAGGAGCACACAAGGCAGCGGGGAGAAAGAGGGAGGCCCAGAGCUGCAGGUGGGAGUGAAAUUAGAAAUACAUUUAAACAAUGGUAACUUUUCCUCUGAAGAAGAAGAUGCAGACAAUCAACAGAGCAAAAUCAAAGCAGGCGAUCAACACCUCUCUCCGAAGAAAACCAUCACGCAGAUUAUGAAGGAUAAAAAGAAGCAGACCCAGCUCACGCUGCAGUGGCUUGAAGAGAAUUACAUAGUAUGUGAAGGAGUUUGCCUUCCACGGUGCAUUCUUUAUGCUCACUACUUAGAUUUCUGCAGGAAAGAGAAAUUGGAGCCAGCUUGUGCAGCCACAUUUGGAAAGACUAUUCGCCAGAAAUUUCCCCUCCUAACAACACGACGACUUGGAACAAGAGGUCAUUCAAAGUAUCAUUACUAUGGGAUAGGCAUCAAAGAGAGCAGCGCAUACUACCACUCUGUUUAUUCUGGAAAGGGCCUGACAAGGUUUUCUGGGAGCAAACUGAAGAAUGAGGGUGGCUUCACUCGUAAAUAUUCACUUAGCUCAAAAACAGGAACACUUCUUCCAGAAUUCCCCAGUGCUCAACACCUUGUGUAUCAAGGAUGCAUUUCUAAGGAAAAGGUUGAUACUCUAAUAAUGAUGUACAAAACUCACUGCCAAUGUAUCCUGGACAAUGCAAUUAAUGGAAACUUUGAGGAGAUCCAGCAUUUCUUACUACACUUUUGGCAAGGAAUGCCUGAUCAUCUUCUUCCCCUGCUUGAAAAUCCUGUUAUCAUUGAUAUUUUCUGUGUUUGUGAUUCAAUUCUUUAUAAGGUUCUUACAGAUGUACUCAUUCCUGCAACAAUGCAAGAAAUGCCUGAAAGCUUAUUAGCAGACAUAAGAAAUUUUGCUAAAAAUUGGGAACAGUGGGUUGUUUCAUCUUUGGAAAACUUGCCAGAAGCCCUAAAUGACAAGAAAAUUCCCAUUGUGCGAAGAUUUGUAUCUUCUCUGAAGCGACAAACAUCUUUCUUACAUCUUGCUCAGAUUGCCAGACCAGCUCUAUUUGACCAGCAUGUUGUGAACUCAAUGGUAUCUGAUAUUGAAAAGGUUGACUUGAAUAGCAUUGGGUCUCAGGCUCUUCUUACCAUUUCAGGCAGCACAGAUAUGGAAUCUGAUAUCUACAGUGAGCAUGACUCUAUCACUGUGUUCCAAGAGCUCAAGGAUCUCCUUAAGAAGAAUGCCACAGUGGAGGCUUUCAUUGAAUGGCUGGAUACUGUAGUAGAACAGAGAGUUAUUAAGACCAGCAAACAAAAUGGAAGAUCAUUAAAGAAGAGAGCUCAAGACUUUCUGCUAAAGUGGAGUUUUUUUGGUGCUCGAGUAAUGCACAAUCUCACCUUGAACAAUGCAUCAAGCUUUGGUUCUUUUCACUUGAUCCGGAUGCUUCUUGAUGAAUACAUUCUCCUGGCCAUGGAGACUCAAUUUAAUAAUGACAAGGAACAAGAGUUACAGAAUUUACUGGACAAGUAUAUGAAGAAUUCAGAUGCAAGUAAAGCUGCCUUUUCAGCUUCUCCAAGCUCAUGCUUUCUGGCCAACCGCAGCAAGGGAAGCAUGGUUCCCAGUGAUACUGUGAAGAAUGAAAGUCAUGUGGAGACAGCCUAUGUUUCUCUAUCUUCCAGUCAGCCUGGAGAUUUACCCCUUUCUCUUCACCCAUUUCCUGCUGCAAGCACAGAUAACAUGCCACUCACAGGUCAAAUGGAGCUUUCACAGAGUGCUGGUCAUUUGAUGACACCACCUAUUUCUCCAGCCAUGGCAAGCCGAGAAAGUGUCAUUAACCAAGGGCCAAUGGCAGGGAGACCCCCAAGUGUGGCCCCAGUGCUCUCAGUUCCAGCACAUUGCUCAGCAUACCAGGAACCUAUUUAUCCUUCCCUCUCUCAAGCCACCCAUGACUUUUAUGGAGCCAACUCUAACUAUCAGACUGUGUUCAGGGCACAGCCUCACCCUACAUCAGGCCUCUAUCCUCACCGUGCAGAGCAUGGGCGAUGCAUGGCCUGGGCUGAGCAACAGCUUUCUAGAGACUUCUUCAGUGGUAGCUGUGCUGGAUCUCCAUAUAAUUCUCGGCCAACUUCCAGUUAUGGGCCAUCCCCCCAUACUCAGGAUUUACACAGUAUGCAGUUUUUAAACACAGGAAGCUUUAAUUUCCUGAGCACAGCAGGAGCUGGAAGCUGCCAUGGAGUAACACUGCCCUCCAAUUCACCUAAUGGAUGCUAUGGCAGUAAUAUAAACUACCCAGAGGCUCAUAGGCUCGGAUCAAUGGUGAAUCAACAUGUAUCUGUCAUCAGCAGCGUCCGCUCACUGCCUCCCUACAGUGACAUCCACGAUCCACUUAACAUUUUAGAUGAUAGUGGUAGAAAGCAGAACAGCUCAUUUUAUAUGGACACAUCCUCUCCAGUUGCAUGUCAGACUCCAGUUGUAGCUUCCAGCUUGCAAACCCAGAUUGCUUCUUCUUCAUCCCAAUGUAUGUAUGGAACUUCGAAUCAGUACCCUGCUCAAGAUACUCUGGACUCCCAUGGAGCAAACAGUAGAGAAAUGGUGUCCUCUUUACCACCCAUCAACACCGUGUUUAUGGGAACAACAUCAGGGCGCACUUAA